AUAGCAGAAAUACAUAUAUACAUUUCAGUGUAUCUUUGAAUGUUUAAACUUUUGGCCCUUUAAAUCUGUAGUUUAGCAUAUAAUUUGCAACCCUGGAUUCAUCAUUUCUGACCACUGGGGUGGAGGCACUGCCUUCUCCUAACACCAUGUCUGGUGAUCACAAGAAGAUCAUCAAAGGCAGCCCUUCAAUGUAUGUGAAACUCAAUGUUGGAGGAUCCCUGCACUACACCACCAUCGGCACCCUCACGAAGCAUGACAGUAUGCUGCACGCCAUGUUCUCAGGGAGGAUGGAGGUCCUAACUGAUGCUGAAGGCUGGAUUCUGAUAGAUCGCUGUGGCAAACAUUUUAGCACAAUCUUGAAUUUCCUGCGUGAUGAGAGUGUUCCUAUGCCAGAGAAUCAGCGGGAUUUAGAGGAAUUGCUGAGUGAAGCUCGGUUUUACUGCAUCAGCGAGCUGGUGGAAGAGUGUGAAGCUGCACUCCGUAAGUGCGAGAACGCAUUACGUCAGUGGGAGGCAGAGAAGGAAGCCACUUGCCGCGUUACUCUCAUAACUUCUCAACGAGAAGAACAAUCGCUAAUACAGUCCACGUCACGGCCCGUCGUCAAGCUUCUUGUCAACAGACAUAAUAAUAAAUAUUCUUAUACGAGCUCAUCCGAUGACAAUUUGCUGAAAAAUCUAGAAUUAUUCGACCGAUUGUCUCUUCGCUUCAGUAGACGUGUUCUAUUCAUCAAGGAUGUCAUUGGCAGCAACGAAAUUUGCCUGUGGUCUUUUUAUGGUCAUGGUAAAAUGCUUACUGAGGUUUGCUGCACUUCAAUAGUCUAUGCCACGGACAGGAAACACACAAAGGUGGAGUUCCCAGAGGCUCGGAUAUACGAAGAGACCCUAAACGUGCUGCUGUACGAGCACCGCAACGGCCCUGACGCCGACCUCAUGCUCGCCACGUCAGUACGCGGUGCUGCUGCGUCGUCCUCGUCAAACCCCGCGUCUGUGCAGUGCACCAGCGACGACGAGGAAGACCUCCUGCGCAUGUCUGCUCUGAGGCUCAGUGGCGUCGGGCCAAGCGGGGGGGCGUCUGGGGCGCAGGGGCAGCUGGCGUCCGGACUGUCGCGACUGAGGCCUAAUAAAAACAACUGAUGAGUCGGCAACGUGUAAGGCUUCUUUGAUCGGGUAUAACAUGAAAUGAUUACUUCGGCAGGAUUGAUGCUUGUAAUCUCGUAAUUCAGUAAAGUAUUUAGAAUAUUCUAUUGUUCAGAAGCCGGUAAAUUUACUGUUUGUUAUUAAGAAAAGCUUUCUAAGAUAAAUUGUAACAAAUUCGCGGCAUAUUAGACGACUUCCUUUUGAAGGGGUGUAAAAUAAAGAUAUAUAAUCUCGCUGAAAUAGGUUAAUGAGAAACGAAUCAACUAUUGCCCUCGCUUUUUAUUUAGGGCUCGACGACCAAUCAAUACAUCAAUCAACAUUACCUAUACAAUGAGGUUAUGAACAAUUUCGCGGCACUUCACUACCGAGGUUUCCACCGUAGUAUUUUGAAAGUUGUGUGGAAUACGAACUCCAAAUUUCUUCUUCGGGUCUUCGGGAGAUGGGUAUACGUGGCUAUAAAAAGUAUUGAUAAUGCAUAUAUGGCACAGGUUUCUGAAAUUGAUAGUUCAUUCCGUGCUGUGUCGUUUUCCCAGUUUUACCGCGUGUGUCUGUUGUGCCUCAAGUUGAUUGCUGCAGCGAUUUUUGUUCACAUAUUUCGUUAUGUUCUUCAACUUCUGCCUUCCGGUGUUGCAAAUCCUAGAAUUUUCGUCUCUGUUUUGAGUGCUAUAUAGAAGCAUAGUCUUCUAAUGCUGUUGAAUUGUUAGUUGGAUUUGAAAUUAUUUUAGGUGCUUAUUAUUUCAAGACCAAAUUUCAAGCUUAAGGUUAACUGUAACUGUUCGCUCUCAUUGUCACUAUAUCAUAGACGUAGUAAUGUUUUACUUGGUUUCUUUCAAGAAUGUUAUAACUUUCUUUCAUUACUUACAACUUUUUCCAACUCAAUAUCAAAACAAAGACAAAUCAAGUUGAACAUUUGUUCGAUUCGAGGAAUAUUUCCAACCACAUCAAUAAAUUUUCAUCCGCAUUCACCCUAUAAUUCAAAUCUCUCUCAGGUUACCUCAAACGAUGACAGCCUCGACGUGUCCGCUAUUAUCCUAAAGCAGCAUUUUUGCGGUGAUCAUAAGUUCAAAUUUGAUCAUCACUUGCGUUCACAUUUAUGAUAUUCAUGUAAAUUUCAUGUCACGGGCACCGAUUGGCUGACUGAAUGUUACUAUUGCAGUUCUUCAAAGUUAAUUAUACUCUUGGAACUCCGGUUGAUUGCAUAUUUUUUCGCUUAUCGAGAAGGGAAACUUUGAGAAGCUUCCCAUUUAUUUUGGAACCUCUUGACGGAAACUUCUUAUAUUCGUAAAUACAACUAUUCGCAAUUGAAAGCGCGUACUGGUUACAGCACUCAGCGUUGCAAGUCACGGUCAAUAAUAUAACGUAGAAUGGACAUGAGUCACUGUAUUUAGGAACUGUCAUUCAGUUGAAUUUUUUUUUUACAAGUAGCCGAUUUACUCCUAUUACUCGUAUAUUCGUAAUAUAUUAGGGAACUCUUUUUGAGGAGAACACAAGAAGGCAUCGUCAAAUCAUAAGAUGAAAAAGAUAUUGAGGUCUUAAGAAAUCGAGCCUAAUUGAUGUAUGGUUAACAAUUUCCCGUGACAUUGGCUUCCGAAAUGUUUCUAGGCUUAACCACUGAACAGCGUAGAACAUUUAUUAGUUCGUGUGUGCUUAUUACUUCAGAAAACGUUUUCUUCUCACAAAAAUUCUGGAAUAAAUUGAAAAGGAUUGUUAUAAUUAAAUUGAUAGUCUUCGUACCAUCAAAGAAAAAACACACAGAACUAAUUUUUUGAGAUCUGUUCGUAUUGAAUUUUUAUCUUACUAAAAUAUAUAUUCAUCUCCA